AUGGCACCUCCUACGGACAUCAGAGAGAUCGGUUCAGAAGGCUUUUAUCUGAUAGAAAAAGUUUUUAGUGCGCCUGCUCCACGAAGGCCCAUAGUCAAUGGGGUAUUCCCUGCAAGACAAGGACGUUGGGUAGCUCAACUUCCAAACGAUGAGAUGGAAGAGCCAGCCAUGAAUAGCAGAGAGGUAGCUGCUCGUUAUGGUGGAAUAAUGAUUGAAAAGGAAAGCUUCUUGAGGGGUGUUUGGUUUCUCUGGGAAUUAUUGUUAUUUACUUAUCUACCUGAAGUGUGGAUGGAUAAAUCAUGGAUUGCACAACCACGAAACACUGUUGAAUAUCAACAAGGCGUUCAAGGUUUUAUUGAUUUUGCGGUCAGACACAGCUCUGCUGAGGGUUUGAUAUUAUGCCCUUGUUCACGCUGUGGUUUUAGAAAGUGGCAGCCAAAGGAAACAGUGUAUGACCACUUAUUAUGCACAAAAUUUCCAGAAGGUUACACUUUUUGGGUUUUUCACGGAGAGUCACGAAUUGGAGAAAGCAGUAAUGCCAGUGAGAAUGGAUUACAUGGAGUGGAAGACAACGUAGUCCAUGAGGAUCCAAUACGCAACAUGGUAAAUGAUGCUUUUGGGGUGGAUGAGCAGCAUAACGAUGUAGAUACGACCAAUAAUGGACAUGAAGAAAAUUAUGGAGCAAACGAAUUUUACGAACUACUCAAAGAUGGUGAACAACCAUUUUAUAUCAUAUCAAGUGUAAUACUGGAGCUAAUACACGAUGCAUUUGAUCAUGCACAAAUUCCAUCUUCAUUUUAUGAGGCAAAGAAAACUAUUACGAAGUUGGGAUUGGAUUACCAGAAGAUACAUGCUUGUCCACGUAAUUGUAUGUUGUAUUGGGGUGAGGAAAAUGUAGACAGACAAUUUUGCAAGGUUUGUACCUUAUCUAGAUGGAAACCUUGUACCAAAGGAGGUGAACCACAACAUGGAAAUAACAAGCGUAAAGUGGCUGCCAAAGUUGUACGUUAUUUUCCACUUAAACCACGCUUGCAAAGAUUGUUCUUGUCUACAAAGACCGCUGAAGACAUGAAAUGGCAUGCUACGGAUGGUCAUAAUGAUGGUUUCAUGAGGCAUCCCAGAGAUUCAGAAGCGUGGAAGAAUUUUAAUUCAUUACACACAACAUUUGCAGCAGACCCACGCAAUGUUCGACUUGGUUUGGCUACCGAUGGUUUCAAUCCAUUCGGUCAUAUGAGUUCCAGUUACAGUGUUUGGCCAGUUAUUCUAAUGCCAUACAAUACGCCUCCAUGGUUGUGUAUGAAGUCCACAUCCUUUAUUAUUUCAACGAUUAUACCUGGCAAAAAAAUGCCCGGAAAUGAUAUUGAUGUGUACUUACAGCUGUUGAUGAAAGAGUUGCUUGAACUGUGGAAUGAAGGUAUAGAUACUUAUGAUGCUUCGACAGGUGACAUGUUUAAGUUACGUGCAGCUUUAAUGUGGACAAUUAGUGAUUUUCCUGGUCUUGGCAAUCUAUCUGGGUGGAACACACAUACUGGGUUAGCAUGCCCAGUAUGCAACUUUGACUUUGAACCUACUCGUCUUUAUCAUAGUAAGAAGUGGUGUUUUAUGGGCCAUCGACGUUUUCUUCAACAAAGACAUAGGUUUAGAUUGAACAAGGUUCGAUUUAACGGUAAACAGGAGCUGCGCAAUCCUCCAAGGAUAUUAUCUGGUUGUGAAAUCCUUGAACAGGUUCAACAUGUGAAUGUUACCUUUGGUCGAAAACCUGAAGUUAGCGGAAGAGGGAAAAAGUGUCGAGUUGGUGAUCGUGAUGCACAAGGCAAUGCCCAACAAUGGAAAAAGAAGAGCAUAUUCUUUGACCUUCCAUAUUGGAGACAUAAUUUAUUGCGCCACAAUCUUGACAUGAUGCAUAUUGAGAAGAAUGUAUGCGACAAUAUCAUUUACACAUUGCUUAGUGAUUCCUCAAAAUCAAAAGAUCAUAUCAAUGCUCGAAGAGAUCUACAAAGAAUGGGCUGCAAGCCUGACCUUUGGCCAAAUGAGAGUGGAAAAUAUCCUCUAGCAGUGUAUACAAUGACCAAUCAAGGGAAGAAGGCUUUUCUGAAGACCUUGCGGAAUAUCUCUGUACCAGAUGGUUAUGCAAGCAACAUAUCAAGGUGCAUUGAUGUUGAUUCUAUGCGAGUGAGUGGGAUGUUGAAAAGUCAUGAUUGCCAUAUAUUGAUGGAACAACUUCUACCAUUGGCUACGAGAAUAUCAUUGCCUGAUAAUUUGGAUAAUAUAAAACAUCAAGUUGUGCUAACCUUAUGCCAUAUGGAAAUGUUAUUUCCCCCUUCGUUUUUCACUGUCAUGAUUCAUUUGAUUGUUCAUCUUGCUGAUGAAGCUAAGCUUGGAGGUCCCGUUCACUAUCGGUGGAUGUAUCCUAUUGAGAGGUAUUUGGGACAAUUAAAAUCAUAUGUUCGUAAUAAGGCGCAACCAGAAGGUUCAAUUGCAGAAGGUUACCUUAUGCAAGAGAUCUUGACAUUUUGCUCAAGGUACUUGGACAAUAUUGAGACUCGGUGGAAUCGACCUAGACGUGUUGAUGAUGCUCAUGAUGAUAUACAGCCUCAAACGCGCAUAGAUGAUUUUUUUCCCAAAGUAGGUAAGCCAAUUGGUGCAUCAAUGUUUUUCAAUCUCACUAACAUGGAAAGAUUACAAGCACAUAGACAUGUGCUCACCAAUUGCCCACUUGUUGAAAAAUAUCUUCAGGAAUUUAGGACAGAUGUUAAGAGGCAACUAAGGAGGACUACUCGAAGUCAAGCAGAGAUAGAUAAGCGGGUUCAUAGAGAGUUUGUAGAUUGGUUCUCCAAACGAAUUAUUUUAGAUAUCAACAAUAUUGAGGAAUCAGAUGUAGCUAUCAUGCUUUCUCUUGCCAAAGGUCCAUUUUACCAAGGUAGAAGGUUUAAUGCAUAUAAUGUAAAUGGCAUUAAGUUUCGGACCUUAGAAAGAGACAAUAACCUGAAAACACAAAAUAGUGGGGUUUAUGGGACGUUUGACACUAGAAGCUACUCAAGUAGUAAGGAUGGCCAAAUGAUAUGUGGGGGGGUUCCUUAUUAUGGGAAAUUGAUUGACAUCAUAGAGAUUAAUUACAAUGGUUUAUUCACAGUGGCUUUGUUUAAAUGUCAAUGGGCUGAUACCACUACUCAAAGAGGGCUAAAGAAAGAUAAAUUAGGAUUUGCGCAAGUUAACUUUUCAAAACUAAUACAUACUGGUGAAAAAGAUGAUGAUGAGCCAUAUAUUAAAGCUUCAGAAGCUCAAAUGGUGUUUUAUGUUGAUGAUGAGAAAGAAAAAGGUUGGAGCAUUCCAGUUCAUGUAAAGCCAAGAGACUUGUAUGAUAUGGGUGAAGACUCUAUGACAUGGACUGGCCAAUUUCCAUCACAGAACUUGGAUCAUGUUGAUGUGGAUGACACAACACCUUUACAAUUAUCACGACCUUUCACGGAUGAUGACAAUCCAAUUCUGCCUGUUAAUCUAAACGAGGAUGAAGAAAUGGAAAUAUGA